AAGGUACUAAGGCAUUUUUCGGGAUAAAUUGAAUAAAACGAACCUUUCGCGUGAAAUUCGCGCAACCGUCUUGUUAACGGGUUACCAAGGAAUCCGACAACACGACGUUCUAGUUUCAUUUGGUUGAUAUCGCGCGUGUAAUUUGUGUUUUCUUAGUGGGCGGUUUUGCUACGGUUUAGCUUAGUUUUAUCCUGAUAUUUUAACAUAUACAUUUUCGCCGGACGAAAAAUCAACAUGUUCGAAAAGGUGGCUGGUAACCACAGUGCCAUAUAUGAAGCUUACUACAACUAUGUUGAUCCAAAUGGUUAUGGCACUAUCGGGGCAAUGGAAGCUGCUCGAUUUCUUAAAAGAUCCGGUUUAAGUGAUGUUGUUUUAUCGAGAGUUUGGGAUCUCUCUGAUCCUGGUGGAAGAGGUUGUCUUGAUAGAACUGGAAUGUUUGUGGCCCUUAAACUUGUUGCAUUAGCACAACAAGGAAGAGAUAUUAAUCUUGCAAAUUUAGGGAUCGAUACACCUCCACCAAAAAUGGGUGAUAUUCCAACAAUUAAACCUGUUAAACCACCGCCACCAACAAAUACACCUUUAAUAACAUCCUUGCCACCAACAGCCGUAGAUUGGACAAUAAAACCAGCAGAAAGGGAAAAAUAUGAAAAUUUAUUUGAAAGUUUACAACCAAUGAAUGGUUUGAUAGCAGGAAAUAAGGUAAAAGGAGUGUUAAUGGAUUCAAAAUUACCAUUAGAAACAUUAGGCAAAAUUUGGGAUUUAGCAGAUCAAGAUAAAGAUGGUUCAUUAGACAGAAACGAAUUUGUUGCUGCAAUGCAUUUAGUUUAUAAAGCAUUGGAAAAAUAUGCGAUACCCAAUACUUUACCUCCCGAAUUAAUGCCAUCAACAAAAAGGAAAAAUUCCACCCCGUUAGGUCAAAAUAUGUUAAAUCGCGGAAUGGAUGGUGUUAAACCGGAAGUUCCACAACAGCCAGCCCCACUUAUAUCAAAUAUCGCAAAACCAGUUCAACCCGUACAACCGACAAUGAAUUGGGUGGUUACGCCAGAAGAACGAAGCAAAUCUGAUGCGUUGUUUAUAAAAAGCGAUAUUGAUAAAGAUGGUUUUGUUUCGGGACAGGAAAUUAAAGACGUUUUUUUGCAAUCUGGGGUUCCUCCGCCUGUUCUUGCUCAUAUUUGGGCACUUUGUGAUAUAAAACAAUGUGGAAAAUUAAAUAACGAACAAUUCGCUUUGGCAAUGUGGUUCGUGGCGCGUUGUUUAAAUGGAAUAGAACCACCAGCAACAUUAACCCCCGAAAUGGUACCUCCAACAUUUCGAACGAAAUCCGCAGAUGGUCUUGUGGAGAAUAACAACACUAGAUAUUCAAAUCCCGAAUUAGAUAUGAUUAGUAAAGAUAUAGAGGAGUUGUCGCGAGAAAAACUCAGUUUAGAAACGGACAUAGCCCAACGCGAAGCGGACAUAAAAAUAAAAAGUGGCGAAAUAAAAAGUUUACAAAGCGAAUUGGAUACUCUUGCGGCGACGUUUAAACAAUUAGAAAAUCAAAAAGGUGAAGCCCAAAAACGACUCAAUGAUUUAAAGGCGCAGAAAUCAACGAUAGACAUUGAAUUAGAGGAAGUGGAUAAACAAAUAGCCGAUCAAAAGACGACGGUUGAGAAAUUAAGAUCGCAAGCUGCUGAACAAGCGGAAGUAAUAUCGGCACAAGAAACGGAAUUAUCCUGUAAAAAGGAACAAUUGGAAGGUUUAAAACGAGAAGAACAAAGAUUGGAACAACUCAAAACGGAUUAUACGAAAAAAUUGGAUAAAUUAACAAAUAGUUUGCAAGAUACACAAUUAACAAUUAGUCAAGCUAAAAAUAUGAUUUCACAACUCGAAGAACAAACUAGACAGAUGAAUGAUGCGAUUGUCGCUUGCGACUCGGCAAUUAGUACUGGAGAUUUGAGUUCUGUAUCUGAUAGUGUUCUCAGGAUAACGCCAGAUUUUCGCGACGAGCAAUAUAAACGACUUAGCACUUCAGAAGAUACAAAAAUGCAGAAUGGGUUUGGUGGUAGUCAGGAUGAUGAUCCAUUCAGUAAUAUUUCAGGUACGAAUGUUGCUUCAUCAGGAUUCCAAGAAGAUCCAUUUAAAAGCGACCCCUUUAAAAGUAAUACAGAUGCCUUUGCACCAAGUGAUCCCUUUAAAGCUACGUUUGCAAAUACGACAAAUAAUGAUGGAUUUUCAUCAGAUCCUUUCGGUUCUUCCUUCGCUAGUAAUAGUAAUAAAUCGGAUCCUUUUAAUGUUUUUGGCGACAAAAACAACCCCUGUUGCACAACUCAACCGGAAUCUGAUAAAGAUCCGUUUGGUUGCGAUCCAUUCGCGGUGCUUCACGCACCAACCCGUGACGGUGCUCCACCAGGACGACCAAGUAGCCCAAGUCCGGCUUUACCCCCAAAGAAAAGUAAACAACCACCACCUCGACCUGCACCUCCUCGACCGAUGCAACCCCCCAACUUUAACAAACCAAAUCAACCGGAUCCGUUCUGUGCUACGCAAGCAAACGAUCCGUUUUCGUCUUCGAGCGGAGGUUUCGAGGGGUUCGCCGAUUUUGAUUCAAAAUUCUCUAACAAGCCACAGCAAGCGCCACAGCCUUCAACAGCAACAACAUCAACAAACAAGUCGAAUCUUGACUUCACUGACGACCCUUUCCGGAACUACAGGUACGAGGAUCCGUUCAACAUCACAUUCGACGACGAGGCGCAAUCCGCCGUCGCAGACGCUCCACGUCCCCGUGAACAACAACGAGUUGACCCGUUUGGACUACCGCCACCAACGACAUCAACAGCAGCAUCCGCCUCCACCGCCAAUGACUUCGAUCCGUUUGGUUUGCAAGGAGGACGUCAAUCGGUACCGCUUCCUGAAAUACCUGGAUCUACGAAUGCUGUUGAAUCUGCUGGAGGAAGAAAAUCGGUUCCGCUCGGUAAAGAUCCCGUUCCGCCGGAAGAUGAACAACUUGCUUGGGCCGCGAAAGAAAGCUUAAAAUUGGAAGAGGCAAGAAAACUUCGGCAAAAACAAGAGGAGGCUGAGUUAGAAUUAGCGAUAAAAUUAAGUAAAACUGAAAAUAAAUAAUUAUGAUUAUUGAUAAAACAGGAGAAUGAUGUUUAUUAAUUCGGUUGUUUAAGAAUGAUAGAUUUUUUGGAGGGGUUGGUUAAAUUUCUAAAAAGAAAUUGUAUUUUUUUCAUUUUUAAUCCAAUCCCUUUAGAAUUUUUAGAUUUUUAAUAUAAUGAAGAUAUAAAGUAACGAAAAUAUGUUAUUUGUAUGUGUAUAUUCGACUGAGGCAUUUUGUUGUUAAAAUCAUUUCCUUUUUUUCUAUGAAGUUUUAAUAAAAUAAACGGAACAAAAUGGAAUAAUAAUUAUAGAAAAGUAAAUUAAAUAAAAAUAGUAGCUUAUUAGGUGUCGUUGAAUUUUAUAAAAUGCGGUACAUAUCAUUUAUUAUUAUUUUGUUUUUUGGUUCCGUUUUUUAUUUGAGAUCAAUUAUUAUCAUUGAGGUCGUUAUUUUGCGUUGCUCAACAAUCACCUCUACCUUGUAUAGUUAAAAAAUGGGCUAAUUCAUUAAUUAACCAAUUUUCACAAUCGAUUAAUUUGCAGACUAAAUUAAUUAAAAGAAAAAUAAAAGAUUCUUUAAAAAUAAGACAAUAAAAAAAAAUGUUGGCACAAUUAUUUCAGUAACUAUAUUGUUUUAGAUAGUGUUUUAAAGUCUGUAAAUUAAUUAAUUGAAAAUGUGUAAUGAUAUAAACUUCACUAAGUGUUAAAUAAUCCAAAGAAAUACUCAAAAUGUCGUUAAUAAUUGUAUUGGGUAAAGAUUUUUCCAAGAUUUGUUCGUCGCUGUUACUAUUAUCAUUGUUAAGCUUACAAAUUUACAAUAUUACUCUUUGAAGAUCCUCUAUUAUUAAUUAUUAUUAAUGUGUUAAACGCAAAAUUCUAAACGAAAAAUAUUAAUUAAGUAUAUUAAGAUGUAAGAUGUUCAUUUUUGCCACAGAAAUGUAUAUAUAUAUGAACUAUUUCCCCUACAUAUUUAAACGUUUAUCAGGUAUUUAUUACUUCCGUUUUUUUCUUUUAGUAUGUUAUUUAUAUUUUAAAAUAAUAUAAUAGUGAUGUGUAUAUAGUUUUUUUUCUGUGUAUAUAUCUUAUUAUAAUGGUUAAAAUGAUUCUUUGUAGAAUAAAUAGCAUUUAUUUUUUAUUUUUA